AUGGUUGAGAGGGACGAUACUUUUCAUAAAAUGAGCAAGAAAAUUGCUCAGCUCACGAAGGUAAUUUUCCAUCUGAACACAAAGAAUGAUGAGGCAGAUUUGCACUUGAAAUCAGUUUCUGGCGCGUACGAGCAGGAAGUCGAGCUUAUCGUGCGGAACUGCAACAACAAAAUUCACGAAGCAUGGACAGCGUUCGAAAAGUGCAAACGAGAUAUCGCAGAAAGAGAACGCUCACGCGGGGAGAAGGACAAAGACAACUCGCUUGUAUGAUGGGAGCACAACUUGUGUUGAUGUUUAAACUAGGGAACUGAUUCUGCACUAGUAGGGCUUCUCCUUGUAAUCUUUUGAGGCGCCGUAUGUAAGAUCGCUGACCUGUUGGCACUAGCAAGAGGAAUAAUAUUCAUGUUGCCUUUAGUCCUCUAUUAAUUAUAGCAGAGCAGUUUAUAGCACGCAUGGCGCAUAGAGUAGCAUGGAACUCAAGGGGCGCAGAUCCAUAAGGGACGCAAGAGGCGCCCCCUUUAACUCCAUGCAACUCCAUGCGAUCCAUGCACUCCAUGCCAUGCGAGCUCCCAGGCCUUAGCCAUUUAUUAACUGUUCCGUUAUAGGCUUAGGAAGUAUUCCCUGUCAUCUUUCCCCAUGAGCAACCCACGACUUUCUACUUAGUACCGCUUUCAUCCUCUGUACGGGACGAAGCCUUGAAGCAGCUUGAAGGUCUGAAACAAAAGCAUGCGCAGAAGGAGCAGGAGACGUUUCGCCACUGGACAGAACGUUGUUCAACGCUCUCGGAGGAACUGGACGAGUUGCGAACAAGGUGUAGAGAGCAGCGAGACGCAUUCGAACGGCAGAUCGAGAAUGAACGUGAGCAUUCCGAAAAAAGUGCCGAAGAACAGAGGCUUGCUUUGCGCAACGAAGUGGAAACGGUUUCAGCGAAGCUCGACGAAGAACGGAUCCUGCUGCAAGCAAAGGUUUGAUUCUUUCUACAUCUACUUACUUACUAUUUUUUCGGAGUUUACACACAGAUACAGACGAUUCGAUAUGACAAGUCUUUGUUCCUUACGCGCCUCAUGGUUUUGGUAGUACUACUUGAUGAAUAUUAUUUGAAUUUCAAACUCAGAUUCGCAGUUUAGAGGAGACGAAGGCACGUGAUGAGGAGUCAUGGAAAAAACGACUGCAGGCAGAAAAGGGAACACUCGGCGAACAGGUUGAGAAGUUGCACAAGCUGCUCGACGAAAAGGACGCCUCAAUAACGUCAAUACAAGGACAGUUGGAUACCCUCCAAAAAUCAUCAGCAUCGGAGUUGAAGGACAUUAUGGAACGAACCGGAAUCUCGAUAAUUCAGUCGCCUGGUAAUUGCUAAUGAAUUCACAAGAAGAAAUUUUUCCUUACUUUCCACUAAGACCCACUUCAUCAUUGUCGCAGAGCUACUUACGCACUGAAACUGGUAGGCCCUUGUAAGUGUAUGUCCCCUCCAACCCUGAAUCCGAAUCACAAGAACAUUAUCCCACUCUUUUCUCCACCGUUCAUGCUUUUCGAGAUUAAAAGGCGACACCUCGAGCAGGAGAGAGACCGUGUAGUGCAGGAGCUCGACACGCUAAAGAGCAGCUCGAGUCAAGCGGAGAAGGACCUGUCCGAAGAGCGGUUGCAGCUGCAAAAGCAAGUCGGGGACUUAAACCGACAAGUGACGAGGCUCGAACGCGAAGUAGAAGUAUCCCACUCCAAGCUUGCCGAGCGUGAGAAGGAGUUUACGAAACUCAAAAGCGACUCAAGCAUGAACAGUAGAGAGGCUCAAGACACGCUCGAACGACUAAGAGACUCCCAUAUGCUCGACAAGAAGCGCUGGGAAGAGCAGAAAAAUAGUGCAGACGCCGAGAAAAAAGUUUUUGAAGAGAAAUUGGAAGGCGCAGAAACAAAGCAUAGGGAGGUACAGUUUCAAGUAAUAGGGGUGAUCGUAGCAAGCUGUAGACUAGUCGGAUGUCCCCCAGGUUUAUGUUUGCGAUGGUGUCCUAUUUUUACUUUCUUUAUCUAGGAGGUUGUGAUUUGAAUUCGAAUUUGUUUUCUGUUUCAACCUACGUCCACCACAUCGUCUGAACACAAUCCUUCUUUUCAUCAUCUCCCAUUUUCACCACAGCUCGAGGCAGAUCUGCGCAGGUUCGAGGCGGAUCGGGAUACAAGAGCAGCUGAUUUGAGAAAAAGCGAAGAAAAAGCUACCGAGCUGCAACAAAAACUCGAUGACCUUAAUAGCACGCUUGACGCAAGCUCUUCCUCAUUGCGAGGAGAGCUGGAAGCAGCGAGAAUACGGCAUGCGGAGGAAUUAGAGACUUUGAAGGUCUUUUUAUAUACUUGGUUUUUUUCGUUUUCCUGUCUCCAAUCAUUAUCAUUUCAUCAGUCGCCCAUGCUCUUGCACUUCAGGUCCAUUGAUGCUCACUCCUAAAUCCUAUUUUCACGACGACAACUCUAGACUUUUCUGUCUUUUGAGCACAUGCAGUUGCCUGCUGAUGUCCCAUUUUACGUUUUCAUAAUAACUACAGGCCGACUUUGCUGCAGCCGAAGCGAGAUUUGAGGAAAAUCGUGCCUCAGACGCUGCUAGCGCUGCACGGGAUCUAGAGGCCUUGAAAAAGGAGCACGCAGAACGCUUGAAGGAGCUUGAGCAUGAGCACAACGCUACCACCGAUGCUCUGAACCGCUCACAUGUCGAGCGUGUUGAGGAAUUGCAGAGGACCAUUGUGGCCGAGCGGGACAAGGUAAAGAACGAGGGGGCAGAAGGUCUAGAAAAAGUGCGCGCAGAACAUGAGGCAGCGCUGACGCUACUGCAAUCUCGACUAGAGGAGGAGCAGUCGGUGAGGAGAAACCUAGAGGACUUGGGCGGUGACACAGCCAAGCAGCUAAAUGCCACGAAAGAAGCGUUGCAGGUAACAGAAAGCGAAGCUGCGAAACUCAUGGAGGAGGGAAAGGUAAAAAAGAAGGGAUGACUUAUUUGAGAACCUACAGGGAGUCAUUCCUUUCGUAUCUUAUUCAUAUUGAUCUUGAAAUUAUGCGAGAACGCAGGGGUUAGCAUCCUACACGACCUACAUCUAGUCCUCUCAUCAUUAUGCGAGAACGAGAAGUGUAACCUCCAGUCACCGUCAGUAACAGGAUAUGAAUGCCACGACUCCCACCAUCAUUAUCAUCUUCAGACCGGCCGCGAGCGCAUACAGACUCUGGAGCAGCGGAUUGCGCAGCUAGAAGAAAAGCACAGUAGCGCCAUACAGCGCAUGAAGGACGAUUUGAACGUCGAGCACCAGGAAUGCAGAUCUGCGAAAGAAGACAACAUAAACCUGCAACGCGAUUUGACAAUUCUAAGGGGUGAGAAAGCCGAGCUUGAGCGCACAGUAAAGUUGAGAGAGGAGAUGGUACAGAAGCUAGAACAGCAGCUAGAAGAUAAAGAGCGGGGUAUUGGAGCGGUUUCCUCUGAAGCAAGGGAGAAAAUCGAACUCGUCACUGCCCAAAUGAACAAGCAGCUGAACGAUGCAAAAGACGACGCUGUCAAAAUGGUACCUUUGUAAUAAUUUACAAGUCCAUCAUCUACUUUACUAAUCAGCUGUGCCUUGUUUUGGCCGUGUGGCAUAGGUCGUGGGCGAAGGGCUGCGUGUACAACAGCUUUUUUCGCUUACUAUUGUUCCACCUGCUGUGCAGCUGUCUGAUAGAUUGGUAGAAACAUGUUCGACGAAAUACCGAAGUGGUUAUUAAAAUUACGGUGAUUAUAGAGAUAGUCGUGAUGGCUUUUUAGGCACCGUCGUUUUGUAAGCAAGUUUUUUUUUGGGUUGAUAGGGUCGGAAUGGGAAAAACUUGCUGAUGAAAGUGCUACGUACAACAUGAUACCGCGGAUCGUCCUUCUGCUUGUUGUAUUUUUUUGACACCGUGGAUGUCAUAGUGAUACUUGACCGUCAGGAACACAAAGUUUGUCUGCGCCUUUCUGUGUAGUUGUACAUGGUUAGUGUGCCCGACCCCUAGGCACACAAAGCUCUUCGGAGCCUCCCUGCGGGGUCGUAAAACAAUUUUUGAUCUCGAUGGGGUGUAUGAGUGGCUGCGGUGUUUCGCCAAGGUACCACUCUUGCACGUCCGGGAUCGUUCUAUAUUACCAUAUAGACAGAUGAUGUUGUAGUCCUCGUGGUAAUUGGUACUGUUUUUCCUUCUAUGAGGGAGUUACGGGUGCUGAUUAACAAUGGGUUCUACUGGGAUACCGUCUGACGACGAUUCCCUUUACGCCUGACGCCCAUCCUCUUCAUCAAGGAAUGAAAUCGGGUGGCUUCCCGUGGCGCUGCCGUACAGUCAUUACCUGCUUUUCAAUGUCAGACAUCACGUUUGGCUAAGAAGAGUGGUAGUAGUGUCUGAGUCUCUACUAACCGUCAUGGUUCGACCUGUGCUGUUAUUGUCUGGACUUCUGUCUGGACCCUAUCAGAACUAAUCUCUACGGGCACUACUAACAGUGUCAUCAGGGAUCAACACAUACAUUCACCAGGUUCAGGAGCUGACUCAGCAGCACCAGCAGAAGAUAGGGGAUAUUUACGAGAAGCAUACCGCCGAGCUCGACAGAAUAAAGCAGAGACACAAUGUACAACUUUAAGAAGCUAUGUCCUGUUUCGGGUUUUUGAGAUGACAGUCACAUCAUCAUAGAAUAGGUACAGUAAAAGCACUGACUAGACUCCCUUUAUUCUUAAUCUUGGUCAUUAUUAUGAUAAUAAUAAUUUGAAUGGGUUCCUCUAGGUCGAAUUGUCGGAGAAGAUGAAGGGUGCGGAGGCUCAGCGAGAGAACGCUUUGGCUCAGAUGAAGGCCAGGCACGAUGGGGAGCUUGCUCAAUUAGAUGGCAGUUUGCGGAUGGAGAUGCAGGAAAUGCGAAGGCGCUUUGAGGUGGAGCUUGCUACGGCGAGUGCGCGAUUUGAUGCGCUUGAGACCGACAAACGCACACUAGAGGGACAGAAUAGUGCACUCGAGCGGGAGCUACGGCAGAGCUGCGCGCGAGUCGAGGCGCUUCAAGGCGAUGUAGAGCGCCUGCGAGGCGACUUAGCGGAGCAGGAACGCAAAAUGCGCGAGUUUGUGGCGGGGAGCGAGGAGCACGUGCGCAAAAUGCAGGAAGACUUCGAGAGGAGAGAGGAGCAGAUGCGCAGUGGGUUUGCGGCUGAGCGACAGGCACUAGAGAAUCGUCACUCCGAGGAGGUUUCCAAACUUAAUGGUGUGCGGGCACGCAUAGAGGAGGAUAUUCGAACAUUGCAGUCACGUAUAGCAGAACUAGAGGAGCUCUAUGAGUCGAGGCCGAGCCGGCCCGAAGACAUAGAGCAAAUACGUUACCUCGAACGGGAAUGUCGAGAACGCGAGACGGCAUUCAACCAGUUGCGCGACGAGAUGCAGUUUUACAAUUAAGACAGAAAAUUUGCUCUUCUAUUAUCUAUCAGAAAAGAAAUGCUAUGAUCCUCGUGUUGUUUUUGCUAGGAGUCAUCGACACUACCUCUAAGGCAUGUUGGAGCUGGUGAACCGAGAGCAGAAUUACAACAAGGUGUUUGGAGUGUCUGGGCCAAACGUUGGUGUUUUGAAUCCUGUUUCCGCGUAUACUGGCGUAGGUCCAUCGCAGCCAGGAGCAGGACCGCAAGGGAGACGCCCGAGCGACAACAGGACGCGCAAUGGUGGCACGCAGCAGGCGCUCGGAAAUGGGUUGCCACCCCUUGGUGGUUCUGGACCAGCUGGCGUGGCGGUUGCUAAGGAGGUCAUUAAUAUGGGACAAGCGCCAGGGAAACCUACCGGCGGAAAGCGUAAGCCACGGCCAGUAUCAGGUGGUGAACGGCGUCCCACAUUAGAAAACGUAAACGAUGGCCACGUCCUUAUGUACAAGUAAUAAAUCCGCCGCAGGACGAGGAGCAAAGUGGUGCUUUUCGUCGAGAAGACAUGGACAAGUGUGGUCGAAACUCUGGGUGGAUAAGGAGCACUUCAACUAGAACUUUUUUUCAUUUAAAUUGAAAUUUUUUGUUUGAGGUCUGUCCUCCUCGGUCUCUCAUAUAAACACAAAAAGUGAUAGGACUCUGUCUCUUUCGAUAAGAUUAUAUUUGAUACCCUUGUGCUAGCGCUUGCCCUUGCGGUAACGGUUACAAACUUUCUUUCUUUCUUUUCUCGAUCCGCUUUCUGUUUUUUGUUUCUCAGUCUGACAGACUGAUAGAUAUGAAUGUUUCAAUUCAAUCAUCAUUGUCAGUCUCUGAGCUUGUGUUUAACUAGGUUGUCUUUCCGAUCUGCGAUUUCAGUCUUUUUGUUUUCUGUGUUUUUGUUCUGGCUCGACUCUGGGACUAGGACGUAGCUUGCUUAUGAUUUUCGAGCCCAGCAUGAUGAUCCUUGGGCGCGGAAUCCUUCCGGGAAAUACACUGCAGCGGGGGGCUCUCCUGAAGGACCACUCAGUCUUUUUAAUGCGUCGAUCCCCGUGAUGAACACAAUAGUGAUAGGCAAUGUAGAAGUUGAUGUAAAGUUCGUUUUGAGAAAACUCUGAAUCAUCUGAGUUCGACGACGUGGAUUCGAGGAAAGAAAUCAAAUAUGAUUAGAUUCAGCACACGAU